ACAUUUUAUAAUUUCUUGAAAAUGGAAAUUUUUUUGAAUUUUUGAAAAUGGGUUUGUGUUUAUGUUAUUUGGUUCGUGUAAUGUAUAACUUUAACAGGCUUGUGGUUGGCAGGUGUAAAGGGAAAAAAUGGGGAAAAGAAAACGAGAGCGAAGGGAGCGGGAAAGGCAAAGUGAAAGAGACAAGAGAUGGGAAAAAGGGUCAAAUAGUCGAGAUAACCCUUUACAACUCCAUGAUACUGAUAGUGAAAGCAGUCAAGAAGUAGUCGAAGUUUCACCAGGAGGGGGCAAAUUAUUCCAGAUUAAUUUACAUCACCAUGGGGAUCUUGGUGACUUGGCCUAUUAUGGUGGGGAAGUUCAAAGUAGGAUAUACCAUAUUGGUGAGAUUGAAAUGUCCAACCUUGACACAUGGUGUAGGAGGCUAUACGGCGGAAAAGCCAUUGUUGAUUACCAUUGGUGUCCGAAGGGAAUCGAAUACCGGGAUGGGAUAAAGGCGAUAAACCAUGAACAAGAUUUCAGGGAAAUGGCUGUGACAGGAUUAAAGGCAGGGUCUGUUGAGGUAUACGUAAGGGAGUAUUCUGUCAAGGACAUUAAAGAGUUACAUGAAAAGAUUAAGCUUGACUUGGAGCCUCCUCCUCUCCCCCCUAGUACUGUUGUUAUUGAGGAGCUUGUGGACCCGGAGGCUGGGCCAGGGGUAGAGGCGAAUAUACCAGUUCAAGAUCAGGGGCCACCUGUGAUUUUACCAGAAAUUGAGGGGGUUUUGUUGAUUGAGUGGCACGGCAACAAUGUGCAGGCACCAGUUAUAGAUGCAUUAGAGCCGGAGGAUGCAGUAGCGGGGCUGGAAGAGGGUGUGCAGGCUGCAGUUGUAGAUGUGGUGCAAGAGGGGCUGGAUGAGGUUCAGGAGGGGCUGGAUGAGGUUCAGGAGGGGCUGGAUGAGGCGCAGGAGGGGCUGGCAGAGGGUUUAAAUUUAAAUGAACAUGAAGAAGUGGUUGGGACAGAGAAAGAGUCUGAGGCCAGAUUGGAAGAGGUUACUGAAGAGGGGGAGGUGCCAGAAGGGGGGCCAGAUUGUCCCCCUUCAACUCUAGAGAGGAUGGCACAGGGUCUAUUUGAUCAUAUGGCUGAGGAGCUAGAGGGCAUGGAGGGGCUGUUUGAUGACGAUGACCAAAAUGAGGUUCAAGCAGAGGAACACUCCGGUCAAAGGGGGAAGAAUGAGGGUGAGAAGCCAACUCUUGACGACGUCGAGCUAAAUGUCGAAGAUUACAUCGUCGACCCAGACUACGACAUAUGGGACGACGAUGACGAUUUGAUAACGGAGCUUAGAUCGACGGGCCAAUAUUUUGAAGAGGGACCAGAUGCCCAACAUGAGGAUGAUGUAGAUGUUGGAUCUUCACAGAGAUCUGGUGGGAGACCAAGGGGAGAGAGUCAGGCAGAAUUUCGCCCGGGGGGCGUUGAUAGAACUAUACAUCCAGAAGCUGACGAGCAGGAGGAGGAGGUAGACUCGGACUACAUUGCUUCAGAUGAUAACAACACGGCUUCCGAGUCUGACGGUGACGGUCGGGUGAAGUUCAGGAUGUUCAACGAGGAGAAAGAGAUGGAAAAUCCAACCUUCAAGAAUGGAUUGCAAUUUGUGAACAGAGAGCAAUUCAAGAAAGCAUGUAGGCAGUGGGGCAUCAAACACAGGUAUCAACUGCAUUUUCCUGUCAACGAGAAGACCCGUGUCAGGGCUAAGUGCUUUGACAAGAGUGACAAUGUACCUAAGUGUCGGUUUGAAAUAUUUGCAUCCAAGCAAAACAUGUCAGAUCCGGAUGAUGAAACAUUCUUAGUGAAGACCCUGAACUUGGUACACACUUGCCCGAAGAGAAGAUCGAAUUUCCACAUGACCAGUGCCUAUCUGGCUGAGAGUUUCUUGGAGGAGUUUAGGGCCAAUCCAGAUUAA